AUGGUUAGUUCAAGUGUUUCCAUUUUGGGGACUAGCGCCAAGGCAUCCACUUCUCUAAGUAGAAAGGAUGAAAUUAAACUAACCCCUGAAACAAGGGAAGCUAGCUUGGACAUUCCAUACAAACCCAUUAUUGCAUACUGGACGGUGAUGGGUCUCUGUCUGAUGAUUGCCUUUGGUGGAUUCAUUUUUGGUUGGGAUACAGGAACCAUUUCAGGGUUUAUUAACCAAACAGAUUUCAAGAGAAGGUUUGGUGAGUUACAAAGGGACGGCAGUUUUCAACUAUCAGAUGUCAGGACAGGGCUAAUUGUCGGUAUCUUCAACAUAGGUUGUGCUUUAGGUGGCCUAACGCUGGGACGCCUGGGCGAUAUUUAUGGGCGUAAAAUCGGCUUAAUGUGUGUUAUACUGGUGUAUGUUGUUGGUAUCGUGAUCCAGAUUGCUUCCUCUGACAAAUGGUAUCAAUAUUUUAUUGGUAGAAUUGUUUCUGGAAUGGGUGUUGGAGGUGUUGCUGUGCUGUCGCCAACUUUGAUCUCAGAAAUUUCCCCAAAGCACCUAAGAGGCACUUGUGUCUCUUUUUACCAGCUAAUGAUUACCCUUGGAAUUUUCUUGGGCUACUGUACCAAUUAUGGUACAAAGAAAUAUUCAAAUUCAAUACAGUGGCGGGUUCCCUUGGGUUUGUGUUUUGCGUGGGCAAUCUUUAUGGUGAUUGGAAUGGUUAUGGUUCCGGAAUCGCCCAGAUAUUUAGUAGAAAAAGGUAAGUAUGAAGAAGCUAGAAGGUCUUUGGCCAAAUCAAACAAGGUCACAGUUACUGAUCCAGGCGUUGUUUUUGAGUUUGAUACUAUAGUUGCAAAUAUGGAAUUAGAAAGGGCUGUUGGAAAUGCCAGUUGGCACGAACUCUUCUCAAAUAAAGGAGCAAUUCUACCAAGGGUAAUAAUGGGAAUCGUUAUCCAGUCACUGCAACAGCUUACUGGCUGUAAUUAUUUUUUCUACUACGGCACGACCAUUUUCAAUGCUGUUGGAAUGCAAGACUCUUUCGAGACUUCCAUUGUCCUUGGGGCUGUUAAUUUUGCUUCUACAUUUGUUGCACUAUACAUUGUGGAUAAAUUUGGGCGUCGAAAAUGUUUAUUGUGGGGGUCUGCCUCGAUGGCAAUUUGUUUCGUCAUAUUCGCCACCGUUGGCGUCACUAGAUUAUGGCCACAAGGGAAAGACCAACCUUCUUCGCAAAGUGCUGGUAAUGUUAUGAUCGUUUUUACUUGUUUCUUCAUUUUCUCUUUUGCCAUUACUUGGGCUCCUAUCGCCUAUGUCAUUGUGGCAGAAACUUAUCCAUUAAGAGUUAAAAAUCGUGCCAUGGCCAUUGCGGUUGGUGCGAACUGGAUGUGGGGUUUCUUGAUUGGAUUUUUCACACCCUUUAUCACUAGAUCCAUAGGAUUUUCUUAUGGCUAUGUUUUCAUGGGUUGCUUAAUCUUUUCGUACUUCUACGUUUUCUUCUUUGUUUGCGAAACAAAGGGAUUAACUCUGGAGGAAGUUAAUGAAAUGUACGAAGAAAGAAUAAAGCCAUGGAAGUCCGGAGGUUGGAUUCCCAGUUCUAGAAGAACACCACAACCAACAAGCAGUACACCAUUAGUUAUUGUUGAUAGUAAAUAA